ACGUCCAGCAGCUGAUCGGUAAUCCAGAAGAAGUUUCCCCUCAGUUAGGGGGGAGCUCCACUUUGAAGCAGGAGACUCCACAACCACCCUGCAUUAAAAAGGAAGAGGAGGAACUCUGCAUCACUCAGGAGGGAGAGUGUCUUCUAGGACGAGAGGAAGCUGAUUACACCAAGUUUCCACUGAGUAUUCUCUCUGUGAAGACUGAAGAUGAUGAAGAGAAACCACAAGUAGACAACCUCUUAGCUCCACUAUCAGAUAGUGAGGCUGAAGACGAGGUUGAAGAACCUUUGAGCAGCGAUAAAGACUGUGAAGGUGAUAUGAGGACUCACACUGACAACAAACACUCUGAAUGCUCUACAAAGAAGAGAGGUAAAACAUGUUUGAGCUGCUCAGUUUGUGCUGAAAGUUUUACUAAAAAGAGCCAUUUGACUCAACACAUGAGAACACACACAGGACAAAAAACAUUUAAUUGUUCAGUUUGUGGCAAAAGCUUUUCUCGAAAUAGCCAUUUGACUGAACACAUGAGAACACACACAGGUGAAAAACCAUUUAAUUGUUCAGUUUGUGGCAUAGGUUUUUCUCGAAAUAGUGAUUUGACUCAACACAUGAGAACACACACAGGAGAAAAACCAUUUAAGUGUUCAGUUUGUGGCAACAGCUUUUCUCGAAAUGGCAAUUUGACUAAACACAUGAGAACACACACAGGUGAAAAACCAUUUAAUUGUUCAGUUUGUGGCAACAGCUUUUCUCAAAAUAGCUCUUUGACUCAACACAUGAGAACACACACAGGAGAAAAAACAUUUAGUUGUUCCGUUUGUGGCAAAAGCUUUUCUCGAAGUAGCAUUUUGACUAAACACAUGAGAACACACACAGGUGAAAAAACAUUUUAUUGUUCAGUUUGUGGUAACAGCUUUUCUCAAAAUAGCUCUUUGACUGAACACAUGAGAACACACACAGGAGAAAAAACAUUUAAGUGUUCCGUUUGUGGCAAAAGCUUUUCUCGAAAUAGCAUUUUGACUAAACACAUGACAACACACACAGGACAAAAAACAUUUAAUUGUUCAGUUUGUGGCAACAGCUUUUCUCGAAAUGGCUCUUUGACUCAACACAUGAGAACACACACAGGAGAAAAACCAUUUAACUGUUCAGUUUGUGGUACAAGCUUUUCUCAGAACAGCGCUUUGUGUCGACACAAGAGAACACACGCUGCAGGAAAACCAUUUAGUUGUUCAGUGUGCUGUAAAAGGUUCACACAUAAUGCAGAUGCAGUAAAACACAUAAGAACCCACAAGGGAAAAUAUAUAUCAAUCCCUUAAUAAAGUGCCAACUUUUACUCCUCAGACUGGUUGAUGUGCAAAUCAGAGACAUAUGAACAAUUAACCCCCAACACCCACAACCCAACCCCCACCUCCCUCGACAUUCGGGCAUAACAGGUUCAAUCCGGCCUGCGAGAUGAGUUUGCAAAGAAUAAAAGUAAAACUGCAGUUCUAAAUGUGUCCGCUGGAUGUCACAAUAUCAAUUCUGUUAGGCAAGCAAAUAGUUUGUUCCGGGGUGAGUAAGUAUACCAGGCAAGAGGUACACAGUCUUUA